UGAAAGGUUGUUAAAUAGAGUUCGUUCACAGAGAUUUCUGCAGAUGGACCAUCAGACUCAACUGACUUCAAAGGUGGAUUACUCUCUCACACACAGCGGAUGAGUUUGCGGCUGAAAUGAUGCCAUCUGUGUUCCUCCUCUACGUGUUGUGGGCGUUGUGUCCUCUCUCUGUGGGACUGCCCCUCACCUGUCCUUCAUCUCUGAAUCUCAAUCCUCAGCAGGGAUCUGGGAAACUGUGCGCAACAUUGCAGCUGCAGCCCAAGUUUCCCUGUCCCAAUAUAAGCCUGUCAGUGAGUGACAAUGAGCAACUCAGUCCUGAAACAUGGCAUCUGGAGAGUCUGUCGGUAAAGGUGGAAAAAAACUGCAGUUUUAUGGUGAUUCAACAAGACAAGCAGAGUCAACAUUUUCCUGGAGGAUCCUAUUCAAGCAUUGCUAUAAACUCCAUCAGUACACAUGCAGAAUUUCUGUGCGUUUGCACAAAAUUUCACAUCAGAUUCAAACGUACUCCAACAGCUAAAGAUUUUCAAAAUAGACAUGUAUUGGAAUACAUUGACAAUACAGAUAACAACUUUUGGGGUAACGUUUGGAGCAAUUCGAAAAAUGUUAGAGCACGUUUACCACGCAGGCAAUCCUUCAUGACGAAAGAUGAGUUUAACAAAAUCAAGUUCACAAAGGAAUUUCCAAUUGAAAUUGAAAGUGAAAGACAUGGACUGAAAACAUUAUAUAGAAGUGACCAUAAAAUUGAUAUUUAUGAUGUCAGUAAAAUAAAGGGCCAAAUUAAAGUCACCCAAAGGAAUGAUUAUGUUGUGGCUGAUUUAGACAACAAUGAUAAGCCGAUUCACUUUGAAAAUGGUGAAGAUAUUUCUGAACACUUAGAAAAAAUGGAAAAAAAUAAAGUUCUUAAAGUACAAAAAGUAUUAAGAAAUAAGAAACCAGUGUUGGAAGUAAAAGAUGAAUUUGAGACUGCAGUUGAAGAAGACGCAUUUGAGACUGCAGUUGAAGAAGACGCAUUUGAGACUGCAGUUGAAGAAGACGCAUUUGAGACUGCAGUUGAGGAAGACGCAUUUGAGACUGCAGUUGAGGAAGACGCAUUUGAGACUGCAGUUGAAGAAGACGCAUUUGAGACUGCAGUUGAGGAAGACGCAUUUGAGACUGCAGUUGAGGAAGACGCAUUUGAGACUGCAGUUGAAGAAGAUGCAUUUGAGACUGCAGUUGAGGAAGACGCAUUUGAGACUGCAGCUGAAGAAGACGCGUUUGAGACUGCAGUUGAAGAAGACGCAUUUGAGACUGCAGCUGAAGAAGACGCAUUUGAGACUGCAGCUGAAGAAGAAGCAUUUGAGACUGCAGCUGAAGAAGAUGCGUUUGAGACUGCAGUUGAAGAAGACGCAUUUGAGUCUGCAGUUGAAGAAGACGCAUUUGAGACUGCAGCUGAAGAAGAUGCGUUUGAGACUGCAGUUGAAGAAGACGCAUUUGAGACUGCAGUUGAAGAAGACGCAUUUGAGACUGCAGCUAAGGAUGACGCAAUUGAGACUGCAGCUGAAGAUGAUGCAUUUGAGACUGCAGCUGAAGAAGACGCAUAUGAGACUGGAGCUAAAGAUGACGCAUUUGAGACUGCAGCUGAAGAAGAUGCAUUUGAAACUGCAGCUGAAGAUGACACAUUUGAGACUGCAGCUGAAAAAGACACAUUUGAGACUGAAGCUAAAGAUGACGCAUUUGAAACUGCAGCUGAAGAUGACACAUUUGAGACUGCAGCUGAAGAUGACACGUUUGAGACCGCAGCUGAAGAAGACGCAUUUCAGACCGCAGCUGAAGAAGACGCAUUUGAAACUGCAGUAGAACAAGACGGAUUUGAGACUGCAGUCGAAGGAGGUACGUUUGAGACAGCAGUCGAAGGAGGAACAUUUGGGACUGUAGUUGCAGGUGGCGCAUCGGAGACAUCAGUUGCAGGUGGCACAUUUUUAACUUCACUUGCAGGUGGUGCAAUUUUAACUGCAGUUGCAGGUGGUGCAUUUCAAAAUGCAGGUGAAGGUGGUGCAGUUGAGACUGCAGAUAAAGGUGGUGCAGUUGAGACUGCAGAUAAAGGUGGUGCAGAUGAGACUGCAGAUAAAGGUGGUGCAGAUGAGACUGCAGGUAAAGGUGGUGCAGUUGAGACUGAUGAUAAAGGUGGUGCAGAUGAGACUUCAGGUAAAGGUGGUGCAGUUGAGACUGCAGAUAAAGGUGGUGCAGUUGAGACUGCAGAUAAAGGUGGUGCAGAUGAGACUGCAGAUAAAGGUGGUGCAGAUGAGACUGCAGGUAAAGGUGGUGCAGUUGAGACUGAUGAUAAAGGUGGUGCAGAUGAGACUUCAGGUAAAGGUGGUGCAGUUGAGACUGCAGAUAAAGGUGGUGCAGAUGAGACUGCAGAUAAAGGUGGUGCAGUUGAGACUGCAGAUAAAGGUGGUGCAGAUGAGACUGCAGGUAAAGGUGGUGCAGAUGAGACUGCAGGUAAAGGUGGUGCAGUUGAGACUGCAGAUAAAGGUGGUGCAGUUGAGACUGCAGAUAAAGGUGGUGCAGAUGAGACUGCAGAUAAAGGUGGUGCAGAUGAGACUGCAGGUAAAGGUGGUGCAGUUGAGACUGAUGAUAAAGGUGGUGCAGAUGAGACUGCAGAUAAAGGUGGUGCAGAUGAGACUGCAGGUAAAGGUGGUGCAGUUGAGACUGCAGAUAAAGGUGGUGCAGAUGAGACUGCAGGUAAAGGUGGUGCAGUUGAGACUGCAGAUAAAGGUGGUGCAGAUGAGACUGCAGGUAAAGGUGGUGCAGUUGAGACUGAUGAUAAAGGUGGUGCAGAUGAGACUGCAGGUAAAGGUGGUGCAGUUGAGACUGCAGAUAAAGGUGGUGCAGUUGAGACUGCAGAUAAAGGUGUUGCAGAUGAGACUGCAGGUAAAGGUGGUGCAGUUGAGACUGAUGAUAAAGGUGGUGCAGAUGAGACGGCAGGUAAAGGUGGUGCAGUUGAGACUGCAGAUAAAGGUGGUGCAGUUGAGACUGCAGAUAAAGGUGGUGCAGAUGAGACUGCAGGUAAAGGUGGUGCAGUUGAGACUGAUGAUAAAGGUGGUGCAGAUGAGACUGCAGGUAAAGGUGGUGCAGUUGAGACUGCAGAUAAAGGUGGUGCAGAUGAGACUGCAAUUGGAGAAGGCACAGUUGAGACUGCAGCUGAAGUAGAUGCAUUUGUGACUGCAGGCAAAGGCAGUGCAGAUGAGACUGCAGGUAAAAGCAGUUCAGUUGAGCCUGCAGUCGACGUGGAUGCAUUUGUGACUGCAGGUAAAGGAAGUGCAGUUGAGACUUCAGGUAAAAGCGGUGCAGUUCAGACUGCAGAAAAUUCAGUUGAAGAAGAGGCAUUUGAGAUUGCAGAUGAAGAGGGUACAUUUGAGACUAGAGCUGAUGAAGAUGGAUUUGAGACUGCAGUUGAAGAAGACGCAUUUGAGACUGCAGUUGAAGAAGACGCAUUUGAGACUGCAGUUGAAGAAGACGCAUUUACGACUGCAGUUGUAGAAGACCCAUUUAAAACUACAGUUGCAGGAGACGCAUUUGAGACUGCAGUUGAAAAAGAUACAUUUAAAACUACAGUUGCAGGAGACGCAUUUGAGACUGCAGCUGAAGAAGAUGCAUUUGAGACUGCAGCUGAAGAAGACCCAUUUAAAACUACAGUUGCAGGAGACGCAUUUGAGACUGCAGCUGAAGAAGAUGCAUUUGAGACUGCAGCUGAAGAAGACCCAUUUAAAACUACAGUUGCAGGAGACGCAUUUGAGACUGCAGCUGAAGAAGACCCAUUUAAAACUACAGUUGCAGGAGACGCAUUUGAGACUGCAGUUGAAGGCAGCGCAUUUGAGACUGCAUAUGAAGAAGACUCAUUUGAGACUGCAGUUGAAGGCAGCGCAUUUGAGACUGCAUAUGAAGAAGACUCAUUUGAGACUGCAGUUGAAGGCAGCGCAUUUGAGACUGCAUAUGAAGAAGACUCAUUUGAGACUGCAGUUGAAGGCAGCGCAUUUGAGACUGCAUAUGAAGAAGACUCAUUCGAGACUGCAGUUGAAGGCAGCGCAUUUGAGACUGCAUAUGAAGAAGACUCAUUUGAGACUGCAGUUGAAGGCAGCGCAUUUGAGACUGCAUAUGAAGAAGACUCAUUUGAGACUGCAGUUGAAGGCAGCGCAUUUGAGACUGCAUAUGAAGGAGACGCAUUUGAGACUGCAGUUGAAGGCAGCGCAUUUGAGACUGCAUAUGAAGAAGACUCAUUUGAGACUGCAGUUGAAGGCAGCGCAUUUGAGACUGCAUAUGAAGAAGACUCAUUCGAGACUGCAGUUGAAGGUAGCACAUUUGAGACUGCAGCUGAAGACUCAUUUAAGACUGCAGUUGAAGAAGGCACAGUUAAGAUAGUAGUUAAAGGUGUUCCUGGGGUUAUGAUCAAGGAGGGGGAAGGAAGAAUUUCAACUUACAUUUAUUUUUGACAUCCCUUUUUGAUUCUCUUGUACUUUAUUACCCUCUGUGUAAAGCUAAUAUAUCCUAGUAAGGAAUUAGGGCCCUAACCCAGCAGUGGUGGUUGUAAUUGGAAUUGCUCUGUUCAUUAUUAUAUUUUUAGUAUUAUUAUGCUCCAAUGUUUAAAACGUUUUUAAGGUUGCUUGGGAGUUUGAUUUCAACAUACUUGGCACACACACCAGAAAUGCCUAAAUGUAUAUCUGCAUUUAAGGUCCAGAACUUGGUAAGUUCAUUUUGUUAGGGCAAAAUGAAUCAGUAGCACCACAUAUACUUUAAAGAGUGUGUAUUUGUUAAAACUAAGACAGACAAUUGUCUGACAAAUUUGAUAAAAGUCCUGACCUGAACACAUGCAUCAUCAAUGUUUGUAUUGUGGAAAAGGCUUCAGUCAGUACAGUUGAAACUUGAGCUUUGUAACUCUGCACAUCUUCUACACCUGCAAAACCAUGUCAGGAGAAUUAUUGCACUUACCUUAGAAAUCAGACAUAUCAGAGAGCUAUUUAACAUUGUUUCAGUGUGAUUUAUGCCAUCUUUAAAUGCUAGCUUGUCAUAUAAACUUUAAUAAUACUGAUACAGCAACAAAAUAUUUUUCUCUAAGUAUUUCUGUCAUAGUGUUUAUAAUAAAAGUUUGCAUAUGCCAUGUGAGCGUAAGCUUUGUCCUAUGCAUUUAAAUUUUGAAAGCAUUGUUAAUUAAAU